AUGGAUCUGCUCAACGACAUCUUCGAAUUCGUCUCUGGCGGUGGACAUUCUGGAAGUGGGAGUGGAAGUGCCAUUGGAAAUGGAAAUGGAAGUGGAGGCCAUGGAACAGGAGCUGUCAUCGUUUCUGAUAUGGGUAUCAAUGAGAUUGGCUCAGAGUAUUAUGGAAACGAGCGAAGAACGGGUUACCGGUGCUUUGAUAUUCACAGAGACAUUUCAUCAAACCUGGAUGCAUUUUCGAUACGACAGUCUACCGCAUCACCGGACAUCACGACCCCAGCUCCAACUUUUUACAGUCGACCGUUGGUGACUGGCGGUCAACAAGGGAAUAAUAUGGUCGAUUCAUUCCAUAUCUAUGCCGACAGCUCAAUGAGCCAUGCAAACAAUCGAUUUUCCACCAUACCAAAAACUCCAGAUCUUGUAUCGCACAUUCACUUCCAAAAGGAGCACAUCACUCUGUCGAUGAACACUAUGAUUGCCCAGGUAAACAUCUUCGGCUCCAACCCCCAGUUCUACCAUGGCAAUAACGAUCCACAACGACCAAAAGGAUCAAUGAUGAUUCUCCACGAAGGCUGGAAACGCAAAUAUCGAGUCGAUAUAGCUCGAUAUCGAGAUGAUGGACCAGGACCCAUAACACAGGUCUUUUACUGGAAAGGCCCAAUGUCACCAAGAGCUAUUUUCGGUAGCCAUAAUCAUAAUAGAACGACAAGUCAGGGUAGCAGUAGUACAGAGUUGAAGCUUGUGUCGGCCGACCAUCCUACCCAAGUUCUGGCGGUCUGGAAGAGCGGUGACGGUGACGGUCAGCGGGGGAAUUUGACCAUAUUCGAAGGGGUUGGUUUUGCUGAGGGGGGAAUACUAACUGAAAUAAUAACCAGUUGUCUUGUUGUUACCCUUUUCGAGCGUAAUUCAUCGUUCGGGAUAUUGGAUUGGCUCACAAAGUGA